AUGGACGACGACUUUGGUGCCGAUGCAGAUCUGAUUGCCGCCAUGGCAGCAUCAGCGGCAACCUCGUCCAGGCCUGCACAGCAGAGCGGCUCUCGAGUGCAGCAGCCAACCCCCCAGAAGAUCCAGCAACCUACACCUCAGCGACUCGACAAAGCGCCCCCGGAGAACGCAUCUGGUGCAAAGGUCGUCCAGCCUACUCCCCAGGCGCUACCAGGACGCUCUUCCGGAUCGUCCAUCUUGGUCUCGCCGCGCCAGAAGGGCAACCCGGUCCUGGCGUGCCUCAAGUCUCUGCCCUGGGAAUACAGCGACAUCCCUGCUGACUACGUCCUCGGAUUGACUACAUGCGCACUGUUCUUGAGUUUGAAGUAUCAUCGCCUUCAUCCCGAGUACAUCUACACACGCAUCAGGAACUUGCAGGGACGAUAUAACCUGCGAGUCCUCUUGACCAUGGUCGACAUUUCCAACCACGAAGACGCGCUGCGGGAGCUGGCCAAGACUUCCCUCGUCAACAACGUCACCAUCAUUCUGUGCUGGUCGGCCGCGGAGGCCGCUCGCUAUCUCGAGCUCUACAAGUCGUACGAGCAUGCAAACUUCGCCGCUAUACGAGGGCAGCAGGCGACGACAUACGCCGAAAAGCUCGUCGAGUUUGUGACGGUGCCUCGCAGCGUGAACAAGGCCGACGCCAUAGCGCUCGUGAGCAGCUUUGGCAGCUUGCGGAAUGCGAUCAACGCAGACCCCGAGCAGGUGGCUAUCAUUAGUGGCUGGGGAGAGAGGAAAGUCAAGAACUGGUGCAAGGUUGUUGAAGAGCCUUUCCGGGUGAAGAAGGCAGCCAAGCGCAAGAUUGCAAGGUCGGGAGACGGAGACGACCGUGGGUCUUCGAGCCUCGACAGAUCUGGCCCUUCGGUAAUUGAUCGAGCUGUACCCAUCGGGAGGGUGCCCCUCCGCGAAAUGGCCGGCAGGGCCAGCUCCGCCAGCACCGGUGAAGAGCCGCCAUCCGGAGAGUCGAGUCAGCAGCCACGGAAGGCGCGGCAGUACCAGAUUUGGGAUCCAGACAAUGAGGAUGAUGAAGAAGCCAUGGUCGCCGCUGCUAUGGAGGCAUCCAUAAACACUGCUGAGACGGAAAAAAGAGAACGAGAAGCAGCGAAAGAACCAGCCCAACGAACCGAGGAGCAGCUCAGCGACGGGAUUGCGGCGGCUCUCUCGAAACUCAGAGAAAGCGGAUGA